AUAAGCAUUUUAAUUUUACCAACCAGAAAACACAAUAUCAAACUAGUCUUACAUAUGGGAAGAGGAGUGAGUCGUCGUCUUCAAUACAUGAUCUUUUAAUGGUCGUCUCUUCAGAUAUUUACUUCCGGGUGAAACCCCGCACUAAGCAGCUCGAUCGUUUGAGUCCAUUGUCUUGUGAGCAGUUUUGUUUCGUCUACUUUUGUGCUUUUUGGAAGCAACAAUGUUUCAGCUGAGGUUGUUUGUUCAUCAGCGGCUGUGCACAGCAGCAGAGGAGAUCCUCGGAGAGGUGGAGAAAGUCAUGACGUUAGCUUUGCACGAAGCUGACGUUCGACGGCAGAAACAGGAGCCCGACAGUCAACUUCCAAUAGUUACCUGUGUGCUGCAGAUAUCAAGUUCAGAACCCCCUCUGACAACCAGUGCUUUGAAUAGAGAGGAAGAGCUGCAGGGAACCUCAUCACAACCAUCGACACAAGAAGAGUCUAACUUAAGUCAGGCCGAGGUGCAGACUGACCUCUGUAUUAAAGAUGAGCAGGAAGAACAUGAACAUGACCGCCAAACACAGGAGGUUAUUUAUCCUUCUACUGAAACGGAACAAGAUCAGCCAGUGAACGAAACUUCUGGUGAAAUGCAGUCAGUUUCUUCAGACGACUCUGAAGCUGAGAGUGAAAUCAAAGGUAGUGAUGAGGAGGGGGUGCAGAAUAAAGGAGCACAGAAAAAGAUGAGACCAAAGCCUGAUGUAAAAUCUUCUGCUAGAAGUCAAACUGACUUUUGUGUUUGUCCCACGUGUGGACAGGGUUUCUUGUCCAUUGCUCCCUUCGAGAAGCACCUGAAAAUACACAAACAGGAGCCUGACAGUCAACGUCCAAUACCGACCUGUGUGCUGCAGAUAUCAGGUUUGGAACCGCCUCUGACAACCAGUGCUCUGAAUAGAGAGGAAGAGCUGCAGGGAACCUCAUCACAACCAUCGACACAAGAAGAGUCUAACUUAAGUCAGGCCGAGGUGCAGACUGACCUCUGUAUUAAAGAUGACCAGGAAGAACAUGAACAUGACCGCCAAACACAGGAGGUUAUUUAUCCUUCUACUGAAACGGAACAAGAUCAGCCAGUGAACGAAACUUCUGGUGAAAUGCAGCCAAUUUCUUCAGACGGCUCUGAAGCUGAGAGUGAAAUCAAAGGCAGUGGUGAGGAGGUGGUGCAGAAUGAAGGAGCACAGAAAAAGAUGAGACGGAAGACUGAUAGAACAUUUUUUGCUAGUGGUCAAACUGACCUUCUUGUUUGUCCCACGUGUGGAAAGGGUUUCUGGUUCAUUUCUCCCUUGGUGAAGCACAUGAAAAAACACAAGAAGAUCAAUGGUCCAACAAAGAAGCUUCUAAAGGAUAUGCAAAAAUUUCUCAGAAGAAAGGAUUGUAAUGUUUGUGGCAAGAAGUUUACCACUACCCAUUGUCUGAGACUUCAUUCAAAAAUACAUGCAGGAAUUAGAGACUUUAAAUGCCAAGUCUGUGGGAUAACCUUUUGCAAAAGACGUAAUCUUAUUAGUCACUUACGGACCAAACGCCACAAGAGGAGACACGAGGAGGAUAUCCUAAAUCGUUUUGGAACAGGGCAGAAACGAUUGUGGAAGUGUUCUUGUGCAAGAUACUGAACCCCGAGUUGCAACAGAAGGCAUAGCCAUCUGUGUGUGAAUGUGACUAGUACUGUACUAACUCUCAGAUGGAUGUCACUUUUGAGAAAAGGGUCUGCUAAAAGAAAUUCUAACAUUGUUAAAUUGUUAAAGAUCUGUCCUGUCUUUAGUGAAGUUUAUACGGCUGAACAAAUACAUUCACAGAAGACUCUUUUCAGAAAAUAAAUCAAAUAGGCUUUGAUUGCAUUUGACAUUGUCCUGCUUGUCUUUGUCUAAUAUAAUGAGGAACUGUA